AUGUCGCAAGCUCUUCCCGCCGAGGUUUCGGUGCUCAUCCUCGGUGGCACAGCCUAUCUUUCACGCCCGCUGCUCAAAUGGCUGCUCGACUCAGCUCAUGACGCUGAGAGGAACGGCAUCAAGAUCAAACACGUUCGGCUCGCUGAUAAGUUCCACGUCUCGGACGGUAACAGCUCCACCUACUUAGAUCCAGAAACCUGGUCUGCCCUCCAAGAUCCUCGAGUCGAAUAUCGUCAAGUCAACCUUAAUAUCCCUGCCAACCUGCCAGCCGUCUACGAUCACCCUCAGGGCGGCUCGUACGACGUUGUCUUUGAUUUCGCCGGCGAAGGCAUCGGCUUUCAAGAUUUUCCUGAAGAGGUCUUGCUCGAACGAACAGCCAAGACUGCUCGUUCAACCGCAUCUGAGUCGCUUCGCAGAAACGUGAAAGCACACAUCAGAGAUACCUUUGCCUUCCUCACCCUCGAGCCAAAUGCACCCGCCCUCAAAGAGUCGGACGUUAUCAAGCCCAAUUCGCCACGUGCCUACUGGUGGUACGAGGCAGAGCGCGCAGCUGCUAGCGUCGACAAGCUUCCACUGGCCAUCCUACGCUCUGCUGAGGUCGUCGGUCCCUUUGUCUUUUCUGGCUCCCUCCCCUCUCGCUACGCUCUCGGUAAGGUGUACAGCCGCCUGGGAGAGCCACUCAAGUUGCUCUGGGGUCCCGAGCUCCGUAUCCACACGAUCCACAUCGACGACUGGUGCUCCGCCGCCUGGAAGCUCGUCGAAUGGGUGGCCUCGCGAUCGCGUUCCGAAGCCAACCAGCUAGCCGGCGAGAACCUCGUGCCAGUGCGCAUCAAGGACAAGGUUCAGGAUUCGCUGCGAGAAAAAGUGGGGUCCGAAUGCUGUCCUCGCACAGAGACACCGCGAGCGCCCGUCUUCAAUCUGGUUGACGACACGAAUAUGAACCAAGGCAAGCUGCUCGACAUGAUCGGCGAAGCAUUCCAAGUGGAAACUGGCUUUGUCAAUGCUCUGGUCAACACGUACGCGCGACUCAAUCUCUCCGGCGUUGUCAACGAUGUCAACGAAAAGCACGCCAGAGCCAUUGAGGAGAUCACCAAAGAAACCGGCAUCCGAGACUGCCCGCUCUCCGGCUGGAUCGACACCGAUCUGCUCGCCAACCGUUCCCUUGCCUUUGAUAACACCAAGAUUAAGCGCGUGCUCGGAUGGUCUCCCAAGAUUCAGGUCGAUCGUAGCCGUCUCGAUGAGAUCCUCGACAAGCUCAGAGCUUUGAAUCAGUUCCCCAGGCAGUAA